AAGAAAAAAACUUUAGAUGUAUACUUCUACCGAAUCGCAGCGAAGUCGACUUUGAAGCUCUCGUGAUCCUCACUAUCUGCCUCGAAUCUGCGAUCUCGAGACGGCGGAGGAAAAUCUCCUAUGGCGAUUCUCUACGCGGUUGUGGCGAGGGGCAUGGUGGUUCUGGCGGAGUUCUCCGCGGUGACGGGUAACACCGGCGCCGUCGUGCGGCGGAUCCUCGAGAAGCUUCCGACGGAAACUUCCGAUUCCAGGUUUUGUUUCUCUCAGGAUCGUUACAUCUUCCAUAUUCUCAGAUCCGAUGGCCUCACCUUCCUUUGUAUGGCCAACGACACCUUUGGAAGGAGGAUUCCUUUUUCGUAUCUGGAGGAUAUUCAUAUGAGGUUCAUGAAAAACUAUGGAAAAGUGGCCCAUUAUGUUCCGGCUUAUGCAAUGAAUGAUGAAUUUUCGAGGGUUUUGCAUCAGCAGAUGGAGUUCUUCUCUAGUAAUCCUAAUGCAGAUACCCUCAACCGUGUUAGAGGAGAAGUCAAUGAGAUACGUUCUGUCAUGGUAGAGAACAUUGAGAAAAUACUGGAGAGGGGUGAUAAGAUUGAGCUUCUUGUUGACAAGACAGCAACUAUGCAAGAUAGUGCGUUUCACUUCAGGAAACAAUCAAAGCGCCUCCGUCGAGCCCUUUGGAUGAAAAAUGCUAAACUCUUGGCGUUACUGACGUGUCUGAUCGUUCUCCUGCUCUACUUUCUGAUCGCUGCUUUCUGCGGAGGCAUCAGUUUACCGUCUUGCAGAUCUUGAAACUCGAAGGCCCUUCUUUAGCUUCAGUAGUGAUUCUUCCACUCGCUCAAGGUAUAUGAAUUUCCAGUAUGGUUUUGUUCAAAAGCUUUAUGGUUUCUUUGGAAACUUUUGAAAGCUAUAUAUACCUAAAAAAAAAAGGCAGAGGACCUGUCUUUUUUUACAACGCCUUAGAUGAUGCAUCAAUGGUGUGAAUUGCAGUCGUGUAUCUAUUGUAAAUGCUCUGCGUUUUUCUUUUUUUUAAUUAUAAAACGAUCAAAUGUCACAAUCUAUCUUCGCAUCUGUAAUAUCAGUAAGCAUAAUUAGCUUUGUCUUUUA